AUGGCGAAAUUGAUAAAUAUAGCCAUUUUAUCAUUAUUACUUUUGUUAUCGUUGGUAUCAACAGCUAAAGCUCAUGAGGGUGCAAUUGUUGAUAUAAGUAAAUUUGGUGGAAAGAACGGUGGCUGUAUCACUGAGGCUCUGACUAAGGCAUGGAACGAAGCGUGUCAAUCACCUACUCCAAGCAGAGUAUUGAUUCCACGAGGAUCAUACAGAGCAGGAAAAGUGCUUCUCGAAGGUCCGUGCAAAGCUUCUAUUGAGGUUGAAUUUAAAGGCACCUUAAAGCCCACAGAAGAUCAAAUCAAAGAUGAUUCUUGGAUUCAGUUUAAUAAAAUCACAGGGUUUAAACUAUUUGGUGGUGGAACUUUUGAUGGCGAAGGAGCCAAAGUUUGGGAAAAAUGUAAAGGUGGUGGCUUGGAAAGCUUCCCAUGGUAA